AUGGAUCUCCUGGGAGCAGCAACCCUUUUCCUGGUCAUCUGCCUCUCUUGCCUGAUGGUCCUCUCAACAUGGCGGCAGAUGCACCGCAAAAGCCAGAUGCCACCUGGACCAACUCCCCUCCCCUUCAUCGGGAACCUGCUCCAAGUCAACACAAGUGACAUGUUCCGUUCAUUUAUGAAGGUAACUUUCGAUAAUGUGUCAGAGCACAGUUUGCCAUUCUCUAAAUUGUUAUUAUAAAAUCAUUCUUAAAUACUGUUGAUUAAUGAAGGUAACGUCCAUCUAUCUACCCACUCAUACUUCUCUCUCUCUCUCUCUCUCUCUCUCUCUCUCUCUCCCACUUGACUCAUCAUCUCCUCAUAAUUCUCCUUCCACCACAUUCUCCAGCUUUUGCUUCUCUCUCUCUUUACAGUGGUACCUCAGGUUAAGUACUUAAUUCGUUCCGGAGGUCUGUACUUAGCCUGAAACUGUUCUUAACCUGAAGCACCACUUUAGCUAAUGGGGCCUCCAGCUGCUGCCGUGCUGCCAGAGCACGAUUUCUGUUCUCAUCCUGAAGCAAAGUUCUUAACCUGAAGCACUAUUUCUGGGUAUUCGGAAUCUGUAACCUGAAACGUAUGUAACCUGAAGAGUAUGUAACCCGAGGUACCACUGUAUGUUUCUGCCUGAGUGAAGGGAUGGGCACAUCUGUCAAUUCUCAUGUCCUCAAAAAAAUUAGUCAGCAUUUUAGUGUGCCUUUCUUUUAAAUAAAUAUAUUUUUUAAAUAAAUAAUAUAAUAAUAUAAUAAUUUUAAUUUUAAUUUAUCAGCACCAUGCUCUAACCAACCGAGCUGUACAGCAGGUAUAUUAUUAGUUCCUUUUGACACAAGGUCACACUUUUUGGGCAGCUUCUGGGGGUUGUGAUUUGACAGGUAUCUCGUGUGUUAGGAAAUCCUCUGAUUUUAACUUUUGGAUGUUAGAUCUAGCUUCUGGGGGUUGAGAGUGCCCUCUGGGGACAUUAUUAGGUGAUGAUAAAAAAGAAAGACGAUUGUCCUGUUCUAAAUAGGGAGACAGCCUUCUGAAAUUUAGAUUUACAGGCAUUUGCACAAGAGGCAAGCUUAAGAUACCUUGAUGAAAAAUUUGCUCAUUUGGUCUGGGAACUGAUUUAAAGGAGAUGCAUUUGCCAUUAAAUUUAUAUAGCAGGCUUCCCCCACCCCCCAAAAAAUAACCCAACCCCACCCAGGCCCAAUGACUAUGUGCAUAGACCUAGUGACGUAUAUGCAGAAGCAGUUUACAAUCCCAGGCUUCCCCUAUCAUAUGUCAAAUAUCCUGUGGCACCUCUGAUUCCCUUAUGUUAUUUGACCCUAUUAGGGGCCAACUGAAGAUGGCAACACAAUUAGUAAUGGUUAAAGUUCCUCCUGCAAUGAAGUAUAGUAAUCAAAAUCUGACUUUCCGGGGGGACCAAUCUAUCAGACGUUCCUGGUGCUGCUGUUGGAAUCAGUGAGGAACUUUUCUUCUUUUUUAAAAAAAUGUAUUUUUAUUAAAGAUUUUCUUAGUUUACAAAAGUAUGUGCAAUCUCUCUCUCUCUCUUUUUUCCUCCAAGUAACAUUUUUUACAGAUCAGUUUCAUUUGUUGAGACAUUCGGAAAAAGAAGGGGGAAAGGGGGGGAGAUGGGGUGGAGUCGGGUGGCGAUGUUUCUAUUAUACUUAAUAUAUGUGGGAUUUUGUGUCAGCGUCGCUUGUGCAGGUUCUGUGCUAUUCACUAAUAAUAAUAAUAAUAAUAAUAAUAAUAAUAAUUUAUACCCAGCCCAUCUGGCUGGAUUUCCCCAGCCACUCUGGGCAGCUUCCAACGAAACACUAAAAUACAAUAACCUAUUAAACAUUAAAAGCUUCCCUAAACAGGGCUGCCUUUAGAUGUCUUCUAAAAGUUUGGUAGUUAUUUUUCUCUUUGACAUCUGGUGGGAGGGCAUUCCACAGGGCAGGUGCCACUACCGAGAAGGCCCUCUGCCUGGUUCCCUGUAACUUGGCUUCUCCCAGGGAGGGAACCGCCAGAAGGCCCUCAGAGCUGGAUCUCAGUGUCCGGGCAGAACGAUGGGGGUGGACACGCUCCUUCAGGUAUACUGGACCGAGGCCGUUUAGGGCUUUAAAGUCAGCACCAACACUUUGAAUUGUGCUCAGAAACGUAAUUGUGUUCGUUUGAUGGUGAGAGAGGUUGGGGUUGGCCUGGGGUGUGGUUGUUUGUUUGUGACUGGCUGUGGUGGUCUUUGUUUUCAUGUGUGAGUGAGGUGGGUGGGUGUUUUGGAUCAGGUUAGCCAUAUUGAUUUGUAUGCUGUUGGUGGAUUUUUGUCAUUGUCUUGUUGGGCUGUGUAUGUGAUAAAGGGGAGCCAUACCGGGGUGAAGGCGUCUUCUAUUUGUCCCUGUGUCAGUUUCAGUUUAUUGGUUAGUUUUUCUAGCAGGGCUGUUUCCCAUACUAUUUGGUACCAUUGGUCCAUGCUUACUCCUGACAGGUCUCUCCAGUGUCUGGUUAUGGUGUUUCUGGCUGCUGAAAGUAGGUGGGUUACGAAUUCUUUGUGGUAUAAAUGGGCAUAGGAACUUUUCUUCUUCUUGACUUCCGGGUUGGUGCCUCCGGCAAUGGCGGAAUUCCUCUGAUCGGGAGGAAUUCGCCCCGUGGGAAUUUGGGUCUGUACCGCCACGGCGAAGGCGGAGACCAGUAAAAAUCACAGGCGGGAGAAGCCUGUGAACAUGGGAUUCGGUGGGCACCUUUUGCGCCUCCCCUACUCGCGGGGAAACCCGAUUUCGGGGACCCGGAGUGACGUGGGGUGAGUGGCGCGGUGCUUCGAAUCGUCUGCUUCUUCCACGGAGCGAAGCCGCAUAGCUGUUGCCGGAGAGCACUGACUUUUUCCUGUGGACAAUUUGACUCUAAAGUAAUUACCCGUGAGUAGAGCUGAAUCGGGAAGAAUUGGAUUUUUAAACGUUUAAUCUGGCAUCGAAACGGGGAGGUUCAAUACAGGAAGUCCGCCUCCUCUUUUGUAGAUUAACUGAAGCAAGGAGACUGCAAGCCAAAGUCUUGGAAAGCCUUUCGUACAGGACUAAAUUACCAUAGGUAAAGAACCAAAUCCCCCCUUUUUGGAGGCAGGAGAAGAGGGGGGGAAGUGGUGGACUGAAUAUGCCUGUAGGAGAGAGUUAAGAGAGUUAAAAUACCGCCGCUCUGACCCUGGAAACGGGCUGCUAGUAGGAUUGAUGUUUUUUGGAACGUCCAUUGACAGCGUUUAGAACGUUCACUGACAGGUAGCUAAUCAAGAGAAUACAUUGUUUCUACUGCCUCUGGUUGUUUUUUUAAAAAAGGAGGAAAGUAACUGAAAAUUGAAACUAACUUUGGAUUAUUGAAACUGUGUUUAAAAGAGGACAUACUGACCGAUACAAAUACAACCUGUUUUCCCCUAGUGGAAGCUUUUGAAAUUGGUAACUUUAUAGGAGCUGGGCUAGUGGAAUUUCCAGCUGCAAGAUAAAAAAGUGUGAGACUUUGGAAUUGACCUUGAAUCUCUUAAGUGUUAUGGCAAACGGAAAGGAAAAAACAGACGGGAUGUCGACAGAGGAGGCCUUAGUGGCUGCAUUAUUGAAAAUAAACGACUCGCUGGAACAACUCCACAAGAAAACAGAUGCGAUAAAUGUGAAAUUGGAUGUUGCAAAUAUUGAAAUUGAUUUCAAGUGUAGAAAGUUUAAACAAGUUGGGACAAAAGGUGAAUACCAAUUCAGAAACCACCCAGAAACUGACACAUGAAUCUACUCUGCUAUGGCAAACUACAGAUGAAGUCAGGGAAAAAACCCUUGCUGCUGAAUCCAAAGUAAUACAACUGGAGAGGAGAGUCCCAUCCAUACAAAGACAACUUGAUGAACAUAAGCUGACAUUUGUUAUGAUUGAACUUAAAGAAGAACGGAUGAAUUUGAGGACCAGAGCCCUAUCUGAAUUGGAAAAGGAAAGCUUGACAGAGUUUCAGGAGGUGACAGGUCUAACAUUGGUUGAGAAAGAGAGGUAUUUGGGGGUUAGUAUGACCGCCAAAAAUGUGAAUCUGCUUAAGGAUAACUGUGAAGGAUGUUGGAUUGAAGAGAAGGGGGAUUUGGAAAUAUGGACAAAUCAGAAGUUGUUACUGUUGGGCCAAGUUAUUGUGGCGGGGAUGAGGGCUGCUGUGUUGCUGGGGAUGUUGCUUUUGUUUCAAACAUUGCAAGCUUUGGAUGGGACGGAGGGUUUCAGGAGGUGGCAGAGGGAUGCUCCUAGAGUUGUUUGGCAGGGCAGGAAGCCUCGAGUAAAACUUAAGAUAUUGAUGGAUGCCAAAGAAGGAGGUGGACCUGCCAUGCCAGACCUUUAAACUUCGUUGUGAACCAUCUGCUUUUUGCUGGUUAAGAGAAUGGUUGCUUUUUGAAAACACUGAAGUGUUGGACAAUGGCAGAUGAAGUUGAUGGACUAUAUGGAAUUGGCGGAAAUCAUAGAAUCAUAGAAUCAUAGAAUGAUAGAGUUGGAAGAGACCACAAGGGCCAUCGAGUCCAACCCCCUGCCAAGCAGGAAACACCAUCAGAGCACUCCUGACAUAUGGUUGUCAAGCCUCUGCUUAAAGACCUCCAAAGAAGGAGACUCCACCACACUCCUUGGCAGCAAAUUCCACUGUCGAACAGCUCUUACUGUCAGGAAGUUCUUCCUAAUGUUUAGGACUGGCAAGAUCCGAGACCAGGGUGAAGAGUCGGUGGAAGAAGAUUGGAAAAAGUUUAAAGACUAUUUAUAGAAAUAUUGUAAAAUUAAGGAAUGUUAGAAAAAUGUUGGAAUGAAAUUACAUGGCUUUAGUAGAAAUGUCAUAAGAAUUAAGUAUAAAUAGAUUAAUAGAAAAUUAAAGGGAAAGUAUGGUAAGAAUGUGUUAAGAUACUUAUAGAACAGAAAACAGAGUAAGAUGGAAAGGAAUUGCUGAAACAAAUAAUAGAAGUGGAAUGCAAAAACGGAGGUGUGAGGAGGUCGCUGGAAAUAAGUGAAUGAAAUAUAAGAUAUUGAAAAUGUUUGAGGUGUUUUUAAAUUGUUUUUGUUUGUUUUGUUAGUCCAUGUAGCGUUUUUGUAUUGCAUUUGUAUUGUUUUUUGUUUUUUCUUUUUCUUUUUGUUUGUUUGUAGUGUUGUGUUGGAAAUGUUGAAAAAGUAAUAAAUAUCAUUUAAUUAAAAAAAAAGGAACUUUUCUUCUUGCAGUGAUUUAUGAAGGUCAACAUCCAGGCAUUUGCCAACCCUCUAAGAGUCCUCCAUGGCAGCUCCCAUCGCAGGUGAAGACUGAGAACUGCCCUCCUACCAGUCAUCAUAAUGCCACUCAUUCAAAACAACCAGGUCUGGGUCCCAAAGCGUUAAUGCAAAAACCCCAAAAAGCUUUUCUAUGUACUGUCAGUCUAGUUAUUUUCUCCUUAGAUGGAAUAGGAUGGAGGGCUCAUUGGAAGGGAUGUUCCCAUUCUCAAUCCUAACUGCUCCAAUUCCAAGUUAAUCAGCCUGGAGCACUUCUGAUUUCCUCUCACAAAAUUCCUCGGAUGCUACCUUCAAAAUCCCCGGUUCCUCUCAGAGCCACUAUAGAAUCCAAAGCAGAUCUCAGUGCUGAAAUUUCUUGUUUUAUAGAGUGCAUAUUAUUGAGCUUGUUCUGGUUCAUCUACACAAAUAGAUAACACACGUCUCUUGAAAUCAUAUAGUUAUAACCCAAAGACACCCUUUAAGGACUGUGAGAAGCAUCAGACUGGCAGACUGUUUAUCCCAGAAGGCGUACAGUUUAAAGGAUCAGUUACCACAUCUGCCAGAUUCCUAUUCAGAAACUUUGGUUUUUAAAAAGUUUAAAAGUCCUUAAAGUUUGAAACCAGUGAAGAUAAAAUGGCAAGAACUCCAAAGAGGUGGCUGACCUGGGGCUGUUGAACUCCCUUUAAAACUGGUUAGCAAUUCUUGGCUCCUCAGAGAGUAAAACAACACAAAAAAGGUCCUUGCCCCCUGAUAAAUUAGAUAGCUGCUAGGCCAGCAACAGCAGCAUCACAUAAAGCUGCCCUUGAAGCUGCCCCAGAAACUCCAGCGGGUGCAGAAUGCUGCAGCGAGGCUCCUCACGGGGUCUCUGCCAUGGGAGCAUAUUCACCCAGUGCUUUUCAAGCUGCACUGGCUCCUGGUGGAGUACAGGGUCAGAUUUAAGGUGCUGCUUUGACCUUUAAAGCCCUUCACGGCCUAGGACCCUCGUACCUACGGGACCGCCUCUCCCGGUAUGCCCCACGGAGAGCCUCAAGGUCCAUAAAUAGCAACACCCUUGUGGUCCCAGGCCCUAAGGAAGUUAGAUUGGCUUCAACCAGAGCCAGGGCCUUUUCAACGCUGGCCCCAGUCUGGUGGAACGCUCUGCCUCAUGAGACCAGGGCCCUGCAGGAUCUGAUUUCUUUCCGCAGGGCCUGUAAGACAGAGUUGUUCCGCCUUGCCUUUGGCUUGGAGCCAGUUUGAUUCCCUCCCUCCCUCUCUUUUUUCUUUUCCUUCUCCUCCUGCGACGAGGCUACAUUUUAAUAUAUUAAUGUUCCAUUAUUUUAAUGUUGUAUUUUAUUUUUGUUUUUAAGUAGUAAUCAUUCAUUUUGUUUUUAUUAUUGCUUGUAAGCCGCUCUGAGCCCGGCCUUGGCUGGGGAGGGCGGGGUAUAAAUAAAAAAUUAUUAUUAUUAUUAUUAUUAUUAUUAUGAGAAAAACCAACUGAAAUAUACUCAGAGUCAAGUGCGAAUUUCAUGCUCUUUGUUCAGCUCAUAGUAGCAAUGAAUGAAACUUUCCCCAAAACAUCCAGUUAUAUAUACAUUAUUUACACAGUGGGCCCCAUGGCUAAUUCUGGGGUGCUCCUGUAGGCCAAUCAGGUUGAGGAUUCACCUCCUCUAGAAGCAUGAUUGGCUGCUCCUGCAGGCCAAUCAGGUUGCUGAUUCACUUCAUCCAGGAGCCUGAUUGGCUGCUCCUGCAGGCCAAUCAGGUUGCUGAUGCACUUCGACCUGGAGCUGGAUUGGGUGGCUCCUGCCGACCAAUCAGAUUGCUGCAUUCUGGAUCCUAUUGAUCUAGGACUCAGCUCAGUACAUAACACAAACAAAGCCCAAUUAAACAAUCAAAACAGGCUGUGGAGAUCAGCCAGGAACAUCCUUUCUCGACGCCAUUUUUGCUGGGAUGCGGGUGGCGCUGUGGGUUAAACCACAGAGUCUAGGACUUGCCGAUCAGAAGGUCGGCGGUUCGAAUCCCCGCGACGGGGUGAGCUCCCAUUGCUCGGUCCCUGCUCCUGCCAACCUAGCAGUUCGAAAGCACGUCAAAGUACAAGUAGAUAAGUAGGUACCACUCUGGCGGGAAGGUAAACGGCGUUUCCGUGCGCUGCUCUGGUUCGCCAGAAGCGGCUUAGUCCUGCUGGCCACAUGACCCGGAAGCUGUACGCCGGCUCCCUCGGCCAAUAAAGCAAGAUGAGCGCCGCAACCCCAGAGUCGGCCACUACUGGACCUAACGGUCAGGGGUCCCUGACCUUUUUAUGUGGGGCAGAGACUGCUCAAAGCUGCACCGCCAUGUGGUAAGUCUUGCAGCCCGGCUUAUUUUACCCACUUGGCGCCAUGCUCAGUUUCAGCCCUGGUAUCCUUAACAGAAAGGUUGCAUGCAAACAUAACCAGAAAUAAAUAUUGCACCGCGUAAGGAGAUCCAACUAUUUGAUUCUUUGGAAUCAGUUGGAAAUCCAACACUGAGGAGAACCUGCUCCACCAGGUAGGUGAAACUGGAGACUGUGCUGAGCUUGUCCAGGCUUGGAGGUGGUGCCCAGGGAUUAUCCAGAUGGCGUGUUAUGUUGUGUAACUUAUUUAUUAUUAAUUUAUUAUACUCACCUUUCAACCAAAAAAGUCCCCUAAGGUGGUUGACAAAUAACAAAUGCACACAAAUGCAAAAGCAAACAAAUGAUCAAAGUUCAAAACAAAAUCUGAGCAGCUAUCAAAUGGCCCUACAGUUUACCUAUGUAAGUGGUGCCAACCAGCUGAAUUUGGAGAGGAAAAAUAUUGGCCAAGGAGGGAAACAAAGUCCUGGGAGAACAAGAGCCCUGCCUUAAUCCAAGAUCAUCUUCUCCCAGGGCUUGGCCUGGAUAACUCUCUUCCCCACCCAGAUUCAGCUUGUUGGCACCAACUACGCAGGUAGAUUGCAGGGCAAUUUAAUAUCUGAGACCAGCCCGGAUUCAACCGCAAAUCUGGUGAUGGAGGACAAGUUUUCUCAGGAUAGCCUGCUGGUGUCAUGUGGCUGUAGAGGUGGUUGAAUCUGUUUCUCUCAUUGUUCUCAUUUCUCAUGACCCUUGGGGUACCUUCCAACUCUAUAAUUCCAUGAUUCCAGUCUUAAUCUCAGUGUGUUUUUCAUUGCCUAAUUAGGCUUAGGCUUUCAGGAGCUACUAAUCUCUGCAGAGGCAGGUGAGCAAUUUGCUGCAUCUCUCCAUCUGUUCCAUGACCUCGCACAAUGCCCUCCCCCUCUUUUCACAGAUCCGUGAGAAAUAUGGUCCUGUCUACACCAUCCACUUAGGGCCCCGCCGUGUUGUGGUCUUGUGUGGAUACGAUGCCGUGAAGGAGGCUCUGGUGGACCAGGCCGAAGAGUUUGGUGGCCGUGGAGAGCAAGCCACGUUUGACUGGCUUUUCCAGGGUUACGGUCAGUCUCUUCUUGGGCAAUUCUUGCCCAGAGCACAUGAUUACUGGCAUUUAUAUGGCACCUUUUAGCAAGCUUAGCACCGGAGAGUCUCAAUAGUGGUUCUGUGCCGUGGAUUAUUGUUAUAUCCAUUUUAGGUAAAGGUAAAGGGACCCCUGACCAUUAGGUCCAGUCGCUCAUCUCGCUUUAUUGGGCAAGGGAGCUGGCAUACAGCUUCCGGGUCAUGUGGCCAGCAUGACUAAGCCGCUUCUGGCUAACCAGAGCAGCGCAUGGAAACGCCAUUUACCUUCCCACCGGAGUGGUACCUAUUUAUCUACUUGCACUUUGACGUGCUUUCGAACUGCUAGGUUGUGAGGAGCAGGGACCGAGCAACGGGAGCUCACCCCGUGGGCAACCCUUGGCCAGAGCGCAUCAUUACUACCAUUGUUCUGGCAUUGAACUUAGCAGUGGUCCUGUGAAGUAGAUUUUUCUUAUACCAGUUUCGCUGAGGACAGGCUGAGAGAGGGCUUCUCUAUGUCAUUCAUGUUAGAUUUCUGUUAUGCCACUGUGCAGUUUUUGGAGUCACAAGUCUCUGUUGACAUUCCAGACUGUUGGAAGUCUCACGGGAGAUGGGAGAUGGAUGUUGAUGUUACUGGUUUCCUGUUUCUUUCUUCUUGUUGUUCUCUGUCUCUCACAGAGAGCAGACGCAUAUUCUUUUCUGUCCUGUGUAGUUAGAAAUAAAUGUAUCAAUGUAGCACAUAUUUCUGGCUCUCCUGCUGCUGUUUGGAUACUCUGCGUAAUGGGAGCGUGCCUGAAGCCUCCUUCAAAGGCUUAGGUCGUUAAUGACAUCAUAGCAGAGGUCGAUGGAUUCCAAAGAUACGACACGGAGAAGAGCCAUUACAGCUCAGUCGUACGGAAGCUCCGACAAUUCAGACAAGUCAUAGAAGAGAUGGGAUUUGCAUCUGAAUAUUUAGUAGAGGACCACUGAUGUAACUUAGUGGCUUUGCAAGCAUAGAUAAUAUUGAAAAAGCUCUUGAGUCUGCAAGUGCCUUCUAUCAGUUGACUGUCAACUGUGUCUUUGUCUCUUUUGUUCUCCCAGGUACUCUUAAAUGUUGGGAUGUGAAUAGAUGGUAGGAGAUUAUACAUUUAUUAGAUACUCUCCUUCCUUCCUCACAUUUCUGAGUUCCACAGAGUGCAUCCCUUUGCAGAGAAGCUUUGAUAAAUUAAAAGGCUAAAACUAUUGUAGCUAAUCCAGGAUGAUUUAAGGCAGACUGGAUUCUCCUGGUAUUUCCCUCUUUUCUCCCUCUUAAAAUAAUGCCACAAAAGGGAAAAACAGCAUUUACUCAGAAUGCCUGUUGAAGAGUAACUGAUAUAGUAGCAUUUUUCAGGGAGGCUUAAUAUCAUAAUCCAGUUAAAAUGACAUACUUAAGGCUAGCUUAAAAUGGUGUCACCUUCCAGCUCCUCUUUCUCCUCCUCACUUCACUGGCUCCUUUGCUUCCCAGGGGUUUCCUUCAGCAACGGGGAACGGGCCAAGCAGCUACGCCGAUUCUCCAUUAUGACUCUGAGGAAUUUUGGGAUGGGAAAGAGAUCCAUCGAAGAGCGGAUCCUGGAGGAGGCCCACUUCCUGCUGGAAUCCCUGAGGGAAACAAAAAGUGAGCUCAGUUUUGGUACCUUCAAGAAAUGCUGCUUAAUGAGUUACAGGUGACAGAAACGCUUGACAGUGAUAGUUAGAACUGUGGGCAGUUAAGUGGGCAGCUGAAGGCUUUAUACUGAAUAUUAUCACGGCUGCUUUUAUUUUUGGUAAUGGGUGGGAAAAGACGUAACUUAGCCUAAGCUAAAUACAGUGGGUGCUCCGGUUGCGAACGUGAUCCGUGCGGAUGCACGUUCGCAACCCGCAGCGGCGCAUCUGUGCACGCUCGGGUUGUGAUUUGGCACUUCUGCGCAUGCGCAACUGCCAAAACCCGGAAGUAACCCGUUCCGGUACUUCCAGGUUUCGGCAGUUCACAACCGCAACCUGAAGCGUCUGUAAACCGAGGUAUGACUGUACAUCACCAACACUCUACAUCCAUGCGAAGAAAUGUUGCUCAAAGAAAUACAGUGGUACCUCGGGUUACAUACGCUUCAGGUUACAGACUCCACUAACCCAGAAAUAGUACCUCAGGUUAAGAACUUUGCUUCAGGAUGAGAACAGAAAUUGUGUUCUGGCGGCACGGCAGCAGCAGGAGGCCCCAUUAGCUAAAGUGGUGCUUCAGGUUAAGAACAGUUUCAGGUUCUGUACGGACCUCCGGAACGAAUUAAGUACUUAACCCAAGGUACCACUGUAAUAAGGUUAGAGUGGACUGCUUUGCAAAGUGUAUUCUUGAUUUGUUCCUGGGUUGAGUGACUUGCACAGUGUGGGUGUGUCUUUUUUUCUAGGUGCACCCUUUGACCCCACCUACACCCUGAGCCGCACGGUGUCCAACGUCAUCAGCUCCAUCGCCUUUGGCGACCGCUUUGAAUACGAAGAUCAGGAGUUCCACUCCUUGCUGAGCAUGAUGCUGGGUAGCUUCCGGUUCACUGCCACCUCUUGGGGACAGGUAAAUUGGAGGAGAUGAGAAGGACUUCCUUUGUGAGUGUGUGGAUAAUACAAUUCUUCUUAAUCAGUCAUUACCCCAAAGUCCAGCAGUGAUCAAGACACUGUCAGAAGCUGCAGCAUUGCCAGUUAACAAGCAGACCACCUUCAGGAGUCUGAGUGAGGCUGGCCAACAGAAGCUCACAGUACAAAUAGCACCAGAACCAGGAGAGAUGUCUUUCCCUGAGCCUGAGAAACCAAAUGCCUCACACAACACAACACCAAUCUAGGAGUGCACCAGAGACAUCAUCAUCAUCAUAUUUUUUUAUUUAUACCCCGCCCAUCUGGCUGGGCUUCCCCAGCCACUCUGGGCGACUUCCAACACAAUAUUAAAAUACAGUAAUGCAUCAAACAUUAAAAGCUUCCCUAAACAGGGCUGCCUUUAGAUGUCAUCUAAAAGUCUGGUAGUUGUUGUUCUCUUUGACAUCUGGUGGGAGGGCGUUCCACAAGGUGGGCGCUACUACCGAGAAGGCCCUCUGCCUGGUUCCCUGUAACUUGGCUUAUCGCACUGAGGGAACCACCAGAAGGCCCUCGGCGCUGGACCUCAGACAUGCCCCUUGAAGGCCUUAUACAACUUCUGUUUGUCUCUGUGCCUACUGUCACAGCCUGUCCCAGAUAAGGAAGGCACCUGUCUGAUAGUUAAUUCUGUAUUGGCAAGAGAAACACUUCCAGGUUUCCGACCACGCCCAUGACUGAAUGGCUGGCGCAUGACCUCAGCUCCCUUUCCUCAUCAGCUUGCAGACACAUCUCCCACUGCCCUGUCAGAGGCAUCAGCCUCCACCAUAAAGGGAGGGUCGGAUGUUGGGUGUGUUAGGUGAGCCUCAGACGCAAACAGCACCUUUAUCUCAGCUUCACUUGGGGAAAUAUCGGGUCUCUCUUCCUCCCCAUGACUCUGCAGCUCUACGACAUGUUCUCGGGCGUCAUGCAGUACCUGCCUGGCCCACAGCAGGAAGCCUUCAAGCAACUCUUAGGGUUGGAGAAGUUCAUCACGAGGAAAGUAAAAGCCAAUGAGGAGACCCUGGACCCCAACUCCCCUCGGGAUUUUAUCGACUGUUUCCUUGUGAAAAUGCAUCAGGUAUGAUUAUUGCGUUCCAAGAACUGUGGUGAUCUUCUUGGGAAAGAAAGUUGUCUUGCCCCAUGCCAACUUGUGUGGGAUGUGAAACACAAGAGCAGUCAAGUACAACAUUCCUAGAGUGAACAUGUUUACACAUGGGGAGGAAUGUUUGUCCAGCCAGCAGGUAAACUUCUGGGCUAGGACAGACUUCCUCUGCAUGUGACUAGAGGUGGGCGUGGCCUCACCUGUGCAGCUAACGACAAAAGCACAGGGCAGGGCAGCCAUCUCUCUUUGACUACAUGCAUCGAAGAAGCAACAUCCGCUUAGCCAAAGAUGUUCUCUUGGCUUCCAGCCAAGAGAGGACAAAGGGACUGUCUCCUUAUGAGAUAGUUUCCAGGUGUAUGUUACUUUUCUAAGAUAAGUCUGCCUUCUGGGAUCUGAUUGUGAACAGAAUGUGAAUAAACUCUUUUUAUACUUUUAUAGAAGACUGUGUCGUGUCUUAUCUUUUAUGAUGAAAUAAGGGGGAAAUACCAGAACAGUUGGGACGUGGGUGGCGCUGUGGGUUAAACCACAGAGCCUAGGACUUGCUGAUCAGAAGGUAGGCAGUUUGAAUCCCUGCAAUGGGGUGAGCUCCCGUUGCUGGGUCCCUGCACCUGCCAACCUAGCAGUUCAAAAGCACGUCAAAGUGAAAGUAGAUAAAUAGGUACCGCUCCAGCAGGAAGGUAAAUGGUGUUUCCGUGCGCUGCUCUGGUUCGCCAGAAGCGGCUUAGUCAUGCUGGCCACAUGACCCGGAAGCUGUACGCCGACUCCCUCGGCCAAUAAAGCGAGAUGAGCGCCGCAACCCCAGAGUCGGCCAUGACUGGACCUAAUGGUCAGGGGUCCCUUUACCUUUACCAGAACAGUUAUUAUAGAGGCUUUAGCUAGUCUGAGCAAACGCACCCGCUGCGAGUUUAAAAAGGGGAAUGUUACUCUGCUAAAUUGUGACCUUGUUAACACAAGUUGGAAAGGCUAUAAUCAAACAAUAUAUCCUCCCCUGCAUCCCUGAACAUUCCCGCAACUUGGAGGGCCAUGAAUUAAAGCCACCUUUUCAACAGUCCGCGACUGUCCAUAUCCCCUUAUCUGAUUGACCAUGACGCCAUUGCAGCUCAGCUGAACAGUAAGAGAAAGAGUGCCUUGUGGGAAAGACUUUAGACUAUAGCAAUGUUUAAUAAGAGAAACCUCCUCCUUCCCCUCUUCCUUCUGGCCAGGAAAAGGAAAACCCACACUCCGAGUUCUCCCUGAGGAAUCUGGUUUUGACUACUCUUGCCGUUUUCUUUGCUGGCACAGAAACUGUCAGCACCACCUUGCGUUAUGGCUUCCUUCUUCUGCUGAAAUACCCGGAGGUUCAAGGUAAGUCAUUCAGCCAAAUUUAUUGCUUAUAGCCAAAGGCUGCUGCAAUGUAUACAAUAUCAUUCAAUAGAAUAUAUACUAAUUUGAUACAGAAACUUAAAAACAUUUAUAUUGUCAAAACAUCACCUAAUCUGCACAAAGCUAUAAAAACUCCUUAAUAUACAAAUUGAAACAUUGGACAAUAAAAUUUAUAAGCUAAAAUCACCGCGGGGCCACUAAUAUAUUAAAAGUAAUGUUAAAUAAUAGAACAGAGAAUUAUGUACAAAGUUUAGUGAGAAAAAUACAACUUGGUGUAGAUGGGGUCAAAUAAAUUCAUCUCCUUUACAGUUGAUAGCUAUCUCGGCUAUAUAAUUCUUUUCUAAUUUUCCUGGCGGCAGUUGCAAAAAGUGCUACACGCCAGGUCACAUACUUAUCAAUGUCUGCAAGGAGAUAUAGAAUCAUGUCAGAAGGAUUCUGGCCAGGGGACCUUAUCAUUAUAGGUGUCAAAAACCGUUCUCUUGCCUCAGUGUAUAAGGGGCAGAGCAAGAUAUAAUGCGUAAGGUCCUCUAAUUCAGGGCAUCCCCUAAUACAAACACGUUCAAUUACUGGUAUGCCUCUAUGUCUCCCAUCUCUAGAAGCAGAGUUUAUUGUAUUUAAUCGUAACUCUGUAAAAGCUUUUUGGAGUUGUACAAAAGUCAGUUCAUUGAAGUAAAUCAUAUGUUCAUGGGCCUCUCUAAGUUUAAAAUAUAAUGGGGUGCAUGUGGAUAGAUACAUGGAAUUUGAGUCACUUUUAGUAACCAUUGCCCUUAUAGUCUGUUUAAAAAUAUUUUUUUGAAGAAGAAGAAGAAGAAGAGUUUGGAUUUGAUAUCCCGUCUUUCACUCCCUUUAAGGAGUCUCAAAGCGGCUAACAAUCUCCUUUCCCUUCUUCCCCCACAACAAACACUCUGUGAGGUGAGUGGGGCUGAGAGACUUCAAAGAAGUGUGACUAGCCCAAGGUCACCCAGCAGCUGCAUGUGGAGGAGCGGAGACUCGAACCCGGUUCCCCAGAUUAGGAGACCACCGCUCUUAACCACUACACCACACUAAGAAUGUAGGGAGGUUCAAGGUGACAGCAGAAUGGGGUGGAAGGCAGGAAACUGCCUUCCUUUCUUCGGGAAUAUGCCUGUUAGCUUUCCCAGCUAUGAGAGGUCUCCCUUUUCUUUAUCCCACUGAUUUCUCAACAGAGAAGGUCCAUAAGGAGAUUGAACGUGUGAUUGGCCGGAAUCGCAGUCCCAACAUGAACGACCGGCCCCUGAUGCCCUAUACGGAUGCUGUGAUCCACGAGAUCCAGAGAUUCUCUGACAUAAUUCCUAUGGGGGUAUCACGACGAGUAACCCGUGAUACUCAAUUCCGGGGAUACACCAUUCCCAAGGUAUUACUUAUUUUUCUAUCUUUUUUAAAAAUUCCUGAGACCCCACCAUUCAGUACUAUUUCCAGAUAUGGAUGAUGGGCCAGUUAAUAUUCCCAAGGCACCGCUGGUCUCUGUCUCAUCCGUCAUCACUGCUGUGGAGUCAAAACCAUAAUAAAAGCAGAGGAGCCCUGCCAGAUGAAACCACCUUGGGUCCAUCAUCCCUAGCUGAAAUAUACAGUGGUGCCUCGCAAGACGAAAAGAAUCCGUUCCGCGAGUCUCUUCGUCUUGCGGGUUUUUUCGUCUUGCGAAGCAAGCCCAUUAGCGGUUUAGCGGAUUAGCGCUACAGUAUUACCGGCUUAGCGGGCUUAGCGGAUCAGCUGAUAAGCGGCUUAGCGAUCAGCUGUUAAGCGGCUUAAGGAUCAGCUGAUAAGCAGUUUAACGAUCAGCUGAUAAGCGGCUUAGCGAUCAGCUGUUAAGCGGCUUAGCUGAUCAGCUCAUAAGCGGUUUAGCGGCUUGGGAAAAAGGGGGGGGAGGAAAAAAACCCCGCAGGAACUCGCAAGACAUUUUCGUCUUGCGAAGCAAGCACAUAGGAAAUUCGUUUUGCGAAGCACCUCCAAAACGGAAAACCCUUUCGUCUAGCGGGUUUUCCGUCUUGCGAGGCAUUCGUCUUGCGGGGCACCACUGUACUCGGAGUCGAGAGUGGAUUUCAUGCUCUUUAUUCAGCUCAUAGUGGUGAGGAGGAAUGGAAGUUCCCCCAGAAUGUCUGCAUUAUAUACAUUAUUUACACAAUGGGCCCCACGUGAUUGGCUGUUUCCGGGAUUCACCUGUAGGCCAAUCAGGUUGCGGAUUCACUUCCACCUGGAGCUGGAUUGGGUGGCUCCUGUGGACCAAUCAGACUGCUGCAAUCUGGACCCUAUUGUUUUAGGACCAAUCAGACUGCUGCAUUCUGGUUUUUUUAAAAAAAAAUAAUAUUUAUUGAUAAUUUCAGGAUUACAAGAAAGAGAAAAAAUAAAAAACAACACUACAAUACAAAAAAAACAAAUAAAAAAUUAAAAAAUAAAAAAGGAGAAAAGCGCAAAAUAUACGACAAUACAGCAAAAAAACGAAAAAAAGAAGAAAAAAGAAGAAAAAAAACACAGAUCCCAAAUUGCAUAUCCAUAAUUUCCAUUUGCUUGUUUCAUUGACCUCCUCACACCUCCCUUUUCGUAUUCUAGUUUAAUAAUUAUUUCAGCAAAUUCUUUCCAUCUUUCUCAAUUUUUGUUAUAAAUUUUAUCUUAACAAUUUAACCUAAUAAUUAACUCAACAAAUCCUUUCCAUCUUUCCCCAUAUUCUGUUAUUCAAAUUAUAUUAAUUUAUUUAACCUUAUCUUACCCCUAAGUACCUUAAGACUUAAAUCUUAGUUUUCAAAUAUACAUAGCUCCUGAUAACAUUUCUGCUAGAGUCGUAUAGUUUCAUUCCCACAUUUUCCCUAAUAUUCAUUAAGCUGAUUCUAAAAUAAAAUUCCAUUAUAAAUUCUCUUUCAAUCAUCAUCCAGCGUCUCUUCUUCCUGGUCUCGGGUCGUGUCAGUCCUUACUGUCCAUUCCAUCUAGUCCAUCAACCUGGAAGCCUUAUGUCCGAGGCCCUUAAGUCUCUUCCAUGUCCCUUCUGCAAUUCUUCUUCAUCUUGUUUGUACUUGCCCUUUUCCUUGUCUUUUGUUGGUCUCUGUCUUAGUUUCUUUCCUUUCUCAUUGAGGAGCAGGUCUCUGGGGAAUUCCAACUCAAAAUUGUCUCCAUCGCCCUUCAUCCAGCUCGCCCAUUCCCCACAGUCCCACUCCCCACAGUCCUCAAUAUAAUCCAAAAUGUAUUUAAAAUCAAAUUUCAAGAUCUCUCCAAAGCUGGGAACUUCCUCAUCUCCAGACUCCCCUUGGCCCACUCCAACUUCAAUCUUCAAUAACAGCGGCUUAUGCUCCUGUAGGGCCUCGGGUCUCUCCAUUUGUACUAUUUGAGGUGCAGCCGCAUCCUCCUCCAUUGUCAUCUGCACUUGCCCAGUCAGUACAGAUUCAUAGGUUGGUUCCUGAAUGAUUUCUGUAUCAAUGUUCCCUGUUUUUCCACAGUUAUUAACCACAACAGUCAAAUCCAAUUUCUCAUUCAUCAAGUCCAUCUUCUCAUGCAUCUGUUCCAGCAAAGCAUUUGUCUUGCAUAAAGCAAGCACCCAGUCUUCCUUCCAGCUCAUCUUUGUUCAAGGUCAGAAAAGACUUCCCACGGUCUUAAUCUCACAGAUGUUAGGUCUCAAAUAUCCUGCAGCAACAAUUUAGCAAGCUCCCUCUAGAGGAGACAAACUAUUUGUAUCCAUUUUUUUUUUUAAGACAAAGGAAAGUUACUUUCAUUUUUCAGAUAUUUCAGAUGUUUUUCAGAUAUUUUGUUUCUUUAAAAUGCAAAAGGCAACAUUAGAAUCAACUUGUUUCUCUUCAUUAGCUAUCUGUCAAAGUAUUACGUUCACAGUCAAUGAACCUCUCCAACAGUUUCUGUCUCUGACACCCCUUCCCAGGUUAGAGGCAGUGGAAACUUAUCCUUCUUCACUCCCUCUCCUGCUAGGGUUAAACAGAGUCCCCCCCCCCCUUUGCUCCUGCUUCCAAGGGGGGUUUCAGUAAUUCUGAAUGAAGGAAAUUUAGUCUUUUUUGACAGCUUCCCGGCUUUAGCUUGCAAAAUUUUUGCUUUAGUCUAUAUACAAAAAAGCGGAAGGCGGACUUCCUGUUUGCACCUUCCCGCUUCGAUACCAAAUUAAACAAUUUCUUGAUCCAAUUUUCCGUUUCUACUCACGGGUACUUGUUUUAAGUCCAAUUGUCCACAGGAAGAAGUCAGUGCUCUCUGGCAAUGGCUGUGCGGCUUCACUCCGUGAAAGUAGCAGUCAGUUCGCAGCACCGCGUUCUCACCCCACUUCGCUCCGGAGCCCCUAGAUGGGAUUCCCCGCGAGUAGGGGGGCGCUUCUGGUGCCCUGCCGAACCCCACGUUCCCAGGCUUCCUCCGCCUGGGAUUUCUAGCGGGUCCCCACCUUCGCCGCGGCGGGAAGACCCAGUUUCCACGGAGCCCGUUCCUCCGGUCGGAGGAACUCCGCCAUUCACCAAUGGCGCUGACCCGGCAGUCCAGACUGCUGCAUUCUGAAUCCUAUUGUUCUAGGACCAAUCAGACUGCUGCCUUUUGGAUCCUAUUCAACUCAGUACAUAACACUAGCAUUCCUCUUCCCCAAAAUGGCCGACCAGGUUCACGUUCAACCAAAACAGGAACAGCUGGUGGGCGGCAAACAGGGAGAUCCCCGGCCGUGUCCUGCUUUUAUAGGGCAGGCCACGCCCCCUGAACGGGCUGAUUGGCCGGCCAGGGGGUGACGUGGCCAGGAAUCCCCCCGAUCACACGGGGGCUGGCCUCCACCCACCACACGUGUGGUGGGGCUGUGAAUCCCACAACCCCACCUCCUCUUUAGGGCGGAAGUGGCUUUCCUGUGAGAAGACCACACAAAGAGGACAGGCAUGUUCUAAAAUUCCUUAUGAGUGUUAAUAAUGAGGGAGGGACACACUUCACCAAGGGAGGAAAUACAGAAAUGGGGAACUGUCACUGAUUUCAUAACAGAAGAAUCUCCCAUUUCUCCCGUAUCUUCUUAUUUCUCUCCCUCUCUUCUUCAGGGAACGGAAGUGUUUCCCAUGCUUGGGUCUGUGCUGAGAGACCCCCGACACUUUGCAAGACCAGACGUGUUUGACCCACAACAUUUCCUGGAUGAGAGUGGGCAGUUCAAGAAGAAUGAGGCUUUUAUGCCUUUCUCUAUUGGUGAGUACCCAGCAGCCUCGGGGGAUGAGGAGUUUACUAAGGUUACCAUAUUUUUUCCAAAGAAUCUGGGGACACUUUUUUUUUUUUUUUGGAAAAGAGAAAAAAAAUUAAGUUAUUUUUUUAAAAAAUUAAGAAGUAAUAUCUUCUCUUCUGUGGUCUCCUCUGUCGCACGGCCUUCCUCUGGGCCCCGGCCUGCUCUCUUGGAGUGCUAUCUGCCAUGGAGUAGGCUCGGGUCAGGCCUGGUCUCGGCCACGUGACCUUGCCCUCCUGGUGCUCUCCUACCUUUUCUCCUCAGCAGCAUGGCAGUGGUGCGGCAAGGUUGGGGCUCCCCUCUUUUUUCUCCUUCCUCUUUCUCUCAUUUCCUUCUCCUUCUCCUCUCCUCCGUCUCCCUACAUCGGCUCCAGGGUUUUCCUGGCCCCCGAGCACCGCUGGGCAGCCGGCCAGGUGGCCGGGCACUCUCGCUCCCGGCUCAAUUUGGGUCAUGGGCGGGGGGUCAGCGGUUCCCCCAGUUGAUGUACUGGGCGUCCCCGGUUCCCCCUCGGCAGUGGCAGUCACAGCAGCCCAGAGCCAGCCUGGUAGCGCAGUUGGCUCUGGCUGGUUUCAGGAGCUGCCCACUGCCAUGGCGCCCGCCAUUUUGCCUCACCGGAAGUCCCGGUGUUUUGUGCUGUUGAACCAAUCAUGCAACAUUCAUUCCUUACUAAUAAAUCCACAACACUUAAAAUAUAAAUCCGGGGACAUUCCGGGGACGGAUUUUGUCCGGGGACAGAUUUGAAAAUCCAGGGACUGUCCCUGGGAAACAGAGACGUCUGGUGACCAUAGAGUUUGCAGCAAAUAAUAGGCCAAUCACCAGUAGAAGAAGAGUUUGGAUUUGAUAUCCAAGGAGUCUCAAAGCGGCUAACAUUCUCCUUUCCCUUCCUCCCCCACAACAAACACUCUGUGAGGUGAGUGGGGCUGAGAGACUUCAAAGAAGUGUGACUGGCCCAAGGUCACCCAGCAGCUGCAUGUGGAGGAGCAGGGAAUCGAACCCGGUUCACCAGAUUACAAGUCUACCGCUCUUAAUCACUACACCACACUGGUGGACCAAUUGAAGUGAGAAAAAUUGCUAGGAGAUGUUGCUGCUGCAGAUUUCCCCCAGAAUUACUCUGUCUGUCCAGUGGUAUCUCUUUUCCCUUCUACCUAAAAUCCCUUUGCCAACAAGGCACACCAAAGGACCAGUGGUGUUAUUUUAUGCAUGGUCGUGUGGGUUAGAGGAGUCUUUGCCCAAACAUUUCCAAGCAGGCUAUAGCAGCCCGUCUUUGCUUUCUUCCUCUUCCCUAGGGAAACGCUAUUGCUUUGGAGAGCAGCUGGCGCGGAUGCAACUCUUCCUUUUCUUCACCAGUAUCCUGCAGAACUUCCACAUCAAAUCUCCCGUCCCACCUGAAAAGAUUGACGUCUCUCCCAUGCUGAUUGGCUUUGCCACCCUUCCGCGUUUUUAUGAAAUGUGUGUCAUUCCCCUCUGA